CUGGGCCCCAAAAUAUAAGGGCUUCGGCCCCAUUUCAUCUGGGUUCCUUUCGCCUUUGGCUGUUCCCAUUGAUUUUAUCAGAAGAUCAAUACUGAACUCUCGUUCUGUUCUGCCAGUCUCCAUUUUAGAUAUUCAUUCAAUGCAAUCUCAUUUUGUAUUCAUUUUCACCUGGCUCUGUUGCGUUGGCUCCAACGCAACCUGGUUGAAUUCUGGUCAAUUUCAUCGUGCCUUCAAGGGGCCCCAACAUGUUUUCUUACUUUCCUUGAUUGUUCUGUGCUUGCAAGUAUAGGGUGUGUUCCCACAGUGUUAUCUUUGAAAGAUUAGAAAAAUUAAUUUUAGGUAACACCAUCAGAACACUCUUCACGUUCUGUUACUUGGAAACUGUGCAACUUUAGCUCGGUGUUUAUUGCGAUAUUCUAUCAAAACCUUGAUGAUCAUGAUGAGACCUUCAUUUCAUACAUUUGAAUUCAUUUGAAUAGUUUAGUUGUAAACACAUCUAGAACAGGCUUCUCCAAGCCUUAAAAAAUGUAUUCUUUUUGGACUAUUUAUUAGGUUGAUCUUGGCAUCGAGCUCUUUUAAUUUGAAGUUUCUCGGCCACAUCAAGCAUGUGAAACGCGUUUGACAGCCACAAAAAGUGAGGAAGUAUGGGAAUUGAGUUACAGAAUUAACGUGUGGUGGCUCCCAGCAUAAUCAUGGAACCGACCGGAGGAACAAUGUGCCCUGUCUGCACGCUUUAUUUGCGGCCAGGUAUAACUCUGAAGCAUCACUUAACUAGUCACCCCAAGCAAAAAGUGAUUGAGGCGUUGGUGCAGUUUUCCACCGGCAAUGCUUCCAGGAUUGAAGCAACGCAGCCACAGAACAAUGGAUUACCGACCGACGUCCCUCAAAACAAUCCCAACAUGCCACCACAUAUGAAUCAGUUUGCUGUGGGACAUCCUUCGAACAUGGGCACUGGACAUUUCUUUAUGUACCAGCAGAGCAUGAGCGCAAGCACGCCCCAUCAACCCAACGUUUCGCCGAUGCCACUCAAUCCGUUUGCUCAACAGUAUUUGGUUCCUGCUGUAUACAAUCCGCAAAUGAUGCCCUACUUUUAUCAGCAACAACAGCUGAUUAUGUCCAGUAAUGGGCUGCCUCCACCACCUCUACCUCUUCGAGCUCUGCCUUUGGACUCGGUUAAUGUGGAACCCGUGAAUAAUGCAGCUGAUACCAGAACAACGGCGGCCGAAGCGCAGCCGACGAAGGAUAAGGAUUUGGAGAAAGGGGAGAGUCAUGAAAAGACAAAACUCAUCCUAAACGAAGUUUCAAUAAACGAGUCAGGUAUCGAAACUGGUUCUGAAGCGGAAGUAUGCCAUCCUAAAGAGCAGGAUUGCAUGGAGUUUGAAGAAAAUCAUUUGGAGGAAGAAGAAGAAGAUUGUUCUAGUAUUGAGGACGAUCACGAUCUCACAGACGCAGACUAUAAACCCAAGCACGAACCCGAUCGAACUGAAAGCGCAUAUUUAUCGCAUGAAGACCAGCAAGCGUCCGACGAUCAGGAGUAUCAGUUCAGUCCACAUGAAGCGAACGGCGAGCAGGACUAUCACGAUGUUACAACUGAGGAAACUGUGGAUCCUUUACAAUCGCAGUUAUCGAGCUUGAACAGGGCCUUUGAGUUUCCGCCAUCUUCGCACAAGGCUUGCCAAACGCAAGGUGGAGAAAAUUUCUCUCUAAGAACGGUGGCUCACAAUGGCGAACAGCCUGUUACCGCGGAAUCGAAGCCAGAGGAGUUCUUCAUCGACCAGAGAAGCAAUAUGUCCUGCGUUUAUACGUCGGAUGAUCAUCAUUCUUAUGAACAGUCGGAACCGAUCUACACCUCAGCAAACAUAAUAAAUAACACCGAAGGCUUGGAAUUCAUCACGAUGGAUGAAAUGCGCGACAUGCAAGUGACAAUAGGCGAUUUUUCUCAGAAUUCCUCCUCGAUUCCCACUAGCGAUCACAAUGAAACUGACCGUCCACCAAACUCGCCUAUACUGGUCACUAUCACUGCCCAGCAAGAGGCCAACAUGGAAAUGUUCGAUAGUAAAGAGUACCAUUACGUGGAGAACGUGAAUAUUCAGUCGGAUGAAAAAAUGCCACCGAGAGGAGAGUUAUCUGAACAAGAGAGCAUGGGAAGUACAAACGACAUGGUAUGGGGCCACCUUUACCAUUAUCAGGAGCCAGACAGUGUGGGGAGUUACGAGCACAAUUCGUGGGAUGGCAAUCAGGAGAUGGCCGAAAUGGUCGAGGAUGAUUCAGGGAAAGCUAAUAUCAGUACUGUGGAUAUAGCGGCACUGAAGCAGGAACCGAAAGAGGCGAUUCCCGCCGCGUCUGCUGAGAAUUUCAAAAUGCCACCUCCAAUCGGCUUGGACAUCAAUAAGAAGAAGGUGAAGAAGUUGGUGAUCAAACCCAAACCGAAAAAAGAGGUGCAGGCGAGUUUCGAUAAUUUAUUCACCAGCAGAUUGAAGAUGGAAGAUUCAGAGGAAAGCGCCGCGGAUGUGAAACUAGACAAUAAGGAAGACGUCAAGGAUGGCGCGACGACGAUUCUAAUGUGCAAGAUCUGUGAUCUGAACUUCAAAACCAGAAAAGAACUGGGAUUGCACAAUAGAGCGUUGCACAACUACCGCAGAUUGAAAGUGAACAAAUGCGAGGUUUGCAAGGAACAUUUCGAUUUGGAGCGCGCCUUCAACGAUCACCUCCGAAUCCACCCGUUGGAGUGCAAAAUGUGCGGAAAACUCUUUUACCGAAAAUACGGCUUGAAGCUGCACACGUCCAGACAUCUGGGAAUUAAGCCGUUUAAGUGCGAUCUAUGCGACAAGGCGUUUUUGGUCAAGCAAAAGCUGGAGGAGCAUCGCAACUGCCAUACGGGCAAUCGUCCCAUUAAAUGCUCCAUGUGCCCAUCUACGUUCAAGAGGUAUUCGAACUUGAUCCAACAUCGGAACAAGCAUCAUUAUAUGAUUCCUCCAAAAACUCGCGAUUAUAUUUGCUUCUGUGGCAAGCUGUUCCAGACGAAGAAAAAACUGGCUUGGCAUCGGGAAAUUCACGACUCCAACCCGAAAUCGUGCACUGAAUGCAGCGAAAAGUUCAUUCACAAGGCCAGUCUAACGCGGCAUAUGAGAAGAGCGCAUAAUUCUGAGUAUUUGCCCGACAAUCGAGAUCCUUCACAGGCGAACACUGAAUGUCCAGUGUGCAAAGGCACUUAUCUGAAAACCUCGCUAGACGCUCACCUGCGCACCCACACCAAUAUCAAGCAAUUCAGCUGUCCAAUUUGCAGCAAAGAGUUUACCACAAAGUGGAACCUGAAGUUGCACAGAUACACUCACGAGUCGAGAACGCAAAAACCGUUCAAGUGCGCUCUAUGUAGGGGCGCGUUCAUACGCGAGAGCGACUUUGUCUCGCACAUGAACUCGCACAAGAACGUCCAACCCUACACGUGCAACUACUGCGGUGCGAAAUUCAUCCGCAAGUACAACUGUCAGCGGCACGUGAAAGAACACGAGAACGCCAAGAUGUACAACUGCGAGUUGUGCGGUAAGUCGUUUCAUCGUUCCUACUACUUAAAGGAUCAUAUGCGAAUACAUAGUGGGGAUAGGCCGUAUUCAUGUCACAUCUGCGGUAAAACCUCGACGACCAAGUCGAAUCAUAACAAGCAUGUGAAUAUCCAUCAUGCAAGGGAGCCAGUAACCACUGAAUCCUAAGUUGGAGCGCGAAUGCCUUUCAAGCCUUAUACGCUAAGUUCCAAUCAAUAGACAAAUUGUGAAAUCCUUUCAGGCGUGUUUUGGUUGCGGAUUUUACCCCAACGUUUUAGUUUGGUCUUUUUUAUUCGUUUUAAUAUGGUUGACAAGUUUCAAAGGCUACCGAACACGUUGUUCAAUCCUUAAUUUUGUUGAUAAUAGUUCUAGAUGCUUAAAAGUUGCAAAAGUGCAAUUUUUGUGUUAUAAUCAUUUUAUAAACCGACCGUUUAACUAAUUUUAUCGAGAGACUUCAACAAUCUACUGGUUUUUAUGCAAAAUACGAAUAAACUCAACGUUUUAUGCAUGACAUAUUUAUAUAGAACCGAAAUAGGAAGUUUUCCGAAAGCGUUUUGUAUUUUUACAAAGUUGAUUGGAACUAAGUGUGAGUCAUUUAGUGCAAGAUCUCCUAUGGUUUAAGUGCGCUUUAUUGUUGAAUUAUUAGUGAAAUUUUUCUAUUGCAGCAGUAAUAUACAGGGAGUUUAAAAAUGCGCGGCUGUAUUAAACGGGGGUGAUUUUACGAAGGAAAUUUACAAAUACUUUUGGGAAUACCGAUUAUGUGGUCAGUGAAGAAAAAGUUCUAAAUCUGAGCAGAAAGUUGCAACGGGUAAGGCAAUAUUUUGUAAGAAAUUUGGGACACGAGAUUUGAUACGGCAUGAGGCGCAUUUGAGGACCUAAAGGUUCUUAGAAAUAUAAAAAAGGUUGAUAGUCGAGCCUCCUGGGACAAGUUUGUGGGAGGCUCGUUUGGGAUUCAGCAUCGGAUGAAUUUAAGCUCGUGGUAAACUCGCCCCGUGCUUUUUUGGCGAUCCGGAUGAGCCAAAUACGGGGCAGAAUACCAGCUAGGUGGCUUGCAGCAGGCUCGUUAGUUACAAAGUCUUAGGCGAGCCUCUGGCGCGGCUUGCAUUCGGUCCGUUAUAUUUCAACCUUCACGCGACAGGAACGCACCAGUCUUCCCCGCGCUUCUUUUAUCAGGCUCGUCUUAUAAUGUAAUACCGCGAAUCCAAAAGUUCAUGGUAUUGUGCACAGGCUCUUAGGCGUGGCGUACCGGAGGUUUGUCACAAUUGUGAAAACCUUACAGUGCGCAGCUUCUUUCUACUCGUGUCGGCUAGGCCUGCGUAACACUGUGUUACGCUAUUGAGUUGUUGCCGCUCUCUGAGUUAUAACUCAUUUGUUAAAGCUUUACAAGACCCGAUACUUGAAUUUUCACAUCUAAAAAAGGGUUAUUAACAUUUUUUCUGAGUAACGUUUUACUACUUUGUUCAAACAAUUUUAAAAAAAUCUAGAUUUUCCCAGCACCAGAACUAAAGAAAGUCGACGAGUUUUCUUGUAAAAUCGAUCUCUUCAUUUUUUUGCAUAACAGAUUCAAUUUGCCAGUAUUUUAAAGUAAAACGUUAGGAAAACGCGGUUCAGUAUACCAAAAAGUAAACCGUCCACACUAACGGUGCGAAUAGAUAUGCCUGAGCCAAGACCACGCCAAGCCGAGUCCUAGCCAAACCUGAGCCGAGCCCGUGACGAGUCAAUACGGAUCUUUUUAACUAACGAGCCUUGAUCUCAAUUUAAAUAACAGUAAGAACAAAGAAACAGUAACUACCAGGGGAACAUCGCAUGAAGAUGGAAAAUGGACUGGUCUUGAAUGGUUUUCCAAAGAACCUCCCCAACUUCUUUCGGUUAUAUCAAGCGGCAAUUAAUGCAAUUAAUUGCACUCGGAAAAGUAUAAGAAGAAGAAGAUCAAGCGGCUUUUCCAUAUUUCCGGCAAUUUCCAGCUCUAACUUUUAAAGAAGCUGGAAAAAUCGCAACAAACGUGUUUUCUAAUGGUUGGCUUGACAGGAUAAUUCCUCAAUUGGAGACAGUUGUUAUCAACUUGGUCCGAUACGAUUUAUUUUAUUUAUCUAUACUUUUUAUCCUUCCCGAAUUUAUUCGCUUGAAUCUUGAAUCCAUUUAAUAAACCAGACAAACACGAAACACGCUGUCAUUUGGAAAAAUGCAAAAUCGUAUUUGUACUUUGAUUCUCUGGAAACCGCUGGAGUCGAUCGAAAUUUUAUGGAUAGAUUCAAUCAAACUCUUCGAUGGAUUGCGCGAAUUGCCAGCUUGAAUAUUUGGAGGGUUUUUAUUUGAGCAUUUCUUUUAAAAAUCGGCACUAUUUGCACUUGGCCUGAAGGAGGCAAGGAAAAUCAGCCCUUGACUGGAUUUCAGUCUAUUCACUUCCCGAUUACGGUCAAACCAGAUUUUUGAUUACACAAAUACAUGACCGACACUAAAUAAAAUAUAAUUUAAAAAUUUAUUAAAAACUUUUGAACAGAAGUUAAUCUUAGCUGAUGUUCCCGAGAACAAGCGCUCUAAACCGAAAAACUUCAAGCCCGAUUAUCACAUAUAAAAUAUCUGGACACUGAGGGGCUUAAUUUGGAACUUUUACUCAUUAAACAAACCUCUCUAAAUAUGGCCGCGUCUUUUUAAACAUCCUGUAUAAUGCGUUAAUAUGAUAAUUAUGGACAUGUUGCGGUUUUUACAAUAGAAAAAUCUUAUCGGGCGUUUGCAAUGGUUUCGGAAUGGCCAUAAGAUGCGUUUGAUCAAAUGCGAUGGUUGAAUUAAGUUGAAUACCGCGACUGGUGCUUCCAGACUAAUUAGGAUUUCUAUUUUUCCAAAAAAAUCCCGUUAAUUGGCCAAUAGUUGAUAGUAGUGAAUUCCCAAAGAAACAGGUAUUCUGUUCCUUUAAACGGCGCUUUACAUGUCCAUAAGCCCAAAGCCGUUUAUUUUUCAAACAAUUUUUUUUAGUUCAAAAUGUGAUUUUUUGCAAAAUUCCCAUAAUCGCCCAACUGCUCUUAACGGUGCAGUUUGUAGUAGUUAUUUAUAUGCGAACUUUAUUUCUUGUUUUUUUUCGACAAAUUUAAAUUGUGUUAUGGAAAUAUAAUUUGAAUUGUGUUAGAGUUAUUUAUUAUUGUUUAGGAUUUUUGGUCGGUUUUCGCAUAAAAAACUCAACAGUGUGGUACAAGCACAGAUUCUUCUGUGCUUGUACCACACUGUCAUCAACAGAUGGUACAUCUGCUGGUGCCAGAUGGUACAUCUGUUGAUGACUAUUUUCAAGUAGAAAACAAAUUGUGUUCAGUUUACUAGUACUAGGCUUUUUUUCAUAGUGGGAUCUUAUUAGGCGAUAUGGAGGUAAAGGAGGCGAAAUGGUAGCGAGUCCUUUUGUUUUCGUUUUACCUAUUUUGAGUUAGUUAAUUAUAAGUAACUGAAUAUCUGUGAUAAUAACUAACUUGUAUUUUAUGUGUUCAUACUUAAUUGUUUCGUUUGCCUGUAUUUGAAUGAGCUCAGAAUGUCUAUAAGGGGUGUUUAUUUGGAAAGUACCCUUGUAUUUUCCGUGUAUAAAUACGAACGUAAACGAUAGUUUUUGCAAUUCGGCUGCACUCAUUAAGAAAAUCAUUGGCAAUAGUUAAAAUUCAUGGCUUAUUUUCACAUAAACCCACUUUUGUUUCGCAUAAUUCUUAGAUAAGCAAAUUGUUUGCUCAUUGAACCGGUAAUUUUUAGAUAAACACUCUGUAAGUCGUAAAUGGUGAAUAUCCUAAAGUAAUUUCUACUGCCUGUACAUUGUAACAGAUUAUACGACUUGAACUCUUAUCUGUACAUAGCGGAACAGGUUUUUAUAAUAUGUUAUAUUGUAGAAUGGUUUCUGUACAUUUAUACCACACGCACAAGCGAAGAAGUGAGGUCUUUGCUCGCCCGUGUACUCUAGAACUAAUAACGUAUAUUCACCGGUUGGUUUAAAUAUUAAUAAUUUACGUUUUAGGCCAGUAGGCUGAAAAGGUUUUAUCGAUUUAAUUUAAUUUUUAGUUAAUUCUGUAAAUAGGUGUCAACAGAGUGCAAUGUUUUCAAAUAAAAAUCAUUAUUACUUCUCUA